AGGGUCUUCCCUCUCUCUCAGGGACUUCUUGCUUGCCCCAACUGUGAGCAACCGCGGCCGCAAAAGCCGCUGGAUUUUGGCUGGAAACUCUAUAAAGUGUAGUUUUACGUCGAUCGUCGGCGGAAAAUGGCUGAAGAACCUUGCUUCCUUUGCCGGAAAAUCUGAUAUACGGCCGUUUUGAAGAACCCGGCCAGCGAGAGAACAGGAAGAGAGUGAGAGUUUGAUAAGCGAGCUAUACUUAUGCAGAGGCAGUCGCUAGGCUCGCCUUCCGGCCAUGGAAGGAAGGAAGGGAGAGAAGAGACAGAAAGCGUCCGACAAGAGAUGGAGAAGAAGGGAGACAAUCCGAUCAGAAUGGCCGAGCGAUUCGUCCACUUUAUACCGGUUUUGAUGAUCAUGUGCCUUCUGGUUCUUUAUCUCUUCUCCUAUGAUCCAUCGAGUGAAGAUUUAGCGAAGGUUGGAGGUUUUGAAGACAUUUUGGAGCAGAAAAAAGGGGAUUUUACGGCGAUUUACAAUCACAGAAGCUUGCAAGAAGCGAGGCCGCACAGAAAAUUUGGGAAUUUUUAGGCUGAUUUUGGCCUUAUUUUUCAUAUUUCUUUUUUUUUUGUCCCUUAUUAUUUGCCUUAGUAGUUUUUUCAAUUUAUUUCUGUAAUUUCCAUCCCAUUAAAUGAGUACAGCUAUGGUCUUACCGAGUUUGGCACGUGUUUAA